CGCCAUUACGUUCGCGAACAAGUACGACGUAUAUAACCAAGGGAAAAAAGUUAGGGUUACGUAUUUGACCCAGAGAGAGAGAGAGAGAGAGGCGCAGCGACUCACCCACGACACUCGACCAGUUCAAUCGCAGGUCCACAGCAAUCCGUGGUGUUUCUGCUGAUUUCUAGUGACAACACAAUGGCUGAGGAAAACUUUGAGGAACAUGACAUGGAUGGCGAGCUUGAGAAUGAGAACUCGAAUCCACCUGAAGUACAAGCAUCUGAAAACGGCUCAGGAGGAGUUGAAGUACAAAAGUGGCCUGGAUGGCCUGGAGAGAAUGUGUUCAGGAUGUUGAUUCCCGUGCAGAAAGUCGGUGGCAUUAUCGGCCGCAAGGGAGAAUUCAUUAAGAAAAUGUGUGAGGAGACCAAGGCUCGUAUAAAGAUUCUCGAUGGUCCUCCGGGAAGCAUAGAAAGAACUGUGCUGGUUUCUGCCAAGGAAGAACCAGAUCUUCCUAUUUCUCCUGCCAUGGAAGGUUUACUGAGUGUUCAUAAACGUAUUGUUGAUGUGGACAGUGACCCAGCUAAUGCUCCAUCUGGUGCUGGUGGGAUGGUUUGCACAAGGCUUCUAGCGGCUGCCAAUCAAGCUGGAGUCUUGAUUGGAAAACAGGGUGCCACUAUAAAGUCUAUUCAAGAUGCAUCCAGUUGUACGAUCCGUAUUCUUGGAGGAGAAAACCUUCCACCUUUCGCCUUGCCGGAUGAUAGCAUUGUUGAGGUACAAGGGGAGGCGACAGGCGUGCACAAAGCAGUUGAACUGAUUGCAACCAAUCUCAGGAAGUUUUUGGUUGAUCGAAGCGUUAUUCCGGUGUUUGAAAUGCAAAUGCAAGUGCCGAAUGCCGAAGCAAACCAGAACAUACCCCCACACCAACCUUGGGGGUCGGCUCCUCAAGGUUUUGGUGGUGGACCUGGUUUUAUGCCUAACCCUCAAUACAUGCCUCCUCCACAUCAGUUCGACAAUUAUUAUCCGCCACAAGACAUGCCUCCUUAUGACAAGCAGCUUCGUCAAGGGCCACCUGCGUAUGGGAGAGAUGCAUCUAUGGGAGUUCAUGCAACUAGUGCACCUUCACAGCAAUCAGUUGUUACAAAGGUCACACAGAGCAUGCAAAUCCCUCUGUUAUAUGCUGAUGCUGUUAUUGGGAUCUCUGGUGCAAAUAUUAGCUAUAUACGCCGUGCCAGCGGUGCAAGCAUCGCAAUACAGGAAACAAGAGGUGUACCUGGUGAGAUGACCGUGGAAAUUAAUGGAUCUGCAUCACAAGUCCAAACUGCUCAACAGUUGAUACAGAAUUCCAUGGCAGAAGCUGCUAGCAACACGCAGAACAACCCAGCUGCUCCAACUGGCCAACCAUACGACUAUCCUAGUCAGGGUCCAGUAUAUGGGUCUCCACCAUCUAACCUCGGUGGCGGUCACGCUCCUGCAGACUAUGCUUAUGGAACCAACUAUGGUUAUUAAAGAGGAUCACCUCUUUCAUGUAUGGCUCCAACUUUUGGGUAGUGAUAUUUGCUCUAGGAUUUCAGAUGGGGAAUACAAGACAAUUCUUGGUCAGGAAGUCUGUGUUGUAGUUGGAUAUGCGUUUCUUGAAUCUUGCUGUUUAUGGCUGCUGACGUGUACGGUUAUUCUUUUUGGUUGCUUCUUUAAACAGUUAAAACUCAGGUUGGCAGGACUACUUGUCUUUUCAUGAGUGUGGAUAUUGAUAGGAUGACUGCUGUGGCAAACUAUUCUUAGUAA